AGACACUCAGAGGGACUUGGCUCUCCUUUUGAAGACUGCUCAUCUUCACAUCUCUUCUGCUCAGCCAGUUAGCAAUCUUACUACUGCAAACAACAAAAUGAAGUCUUAUACAUCACACUCAGUUUCAAGCAGAGGCUUUCCCCUCAGGGCUGCCUCUGUGAGAGCAGUCACCCAAAGCUAUGGCUCUAGUGGUAGCUUCGGGGGUUAUGGCAGUGCUGGCAGUUCUUACUCUUCCGGUACUGGUUUUGGUAACAGCGGUGGCAUCACUGCGAUGAGGGCCGGAAUGAAUUUCGCCGCACCACCCAUCCAAGCGGUCCAGGUCAACAACAGCCUGCUGGCCCCCCUGAACCUGGAGAUUGACCCAACCAUCCAGGCUGUCCGCACCCAGGAGAAGGAACAGAUCAAGACCCUGAACAACCGCUUUGCCUCCUUCAUUGACAAGGUUCGUUUUCUGGAGCAGCAGAACAAGAUGCUGGAGACCAAAUGGAGCCUCCUGCAGGAUCAGACCACCACCCGCUCCAACAUCGAUGGCAUGUUUGAGGCCUACAUUGCCAACCUGCGCAGACAGCUUGAUGGGCUGGGCAACGAGAAGGUCAAGCUGGAGGGAGAGCUCAAGAACAUGCAGGGCCUGGUUGAAGACUUCAAGAGGAAGUAUGAGGAUGAAAUCAACAAACGUGCAGCUGCUGAGAAUGAAUUUGUGCUCCUGAAGAAGGAUGUUGAUGCUGCCUACAUGAACAAGGUGGAGCUGGAGGCCAAGGUUGAUGCUCUUCAGGAUGAGAUCAACUUCCUCAGGGCUGUCUAUGAGGCUGAGCUUCGUGAACUGCAGGGCCAGAUCAAGGACACCUCUGUCAUUGUGGAGAUGGAUAACAGUCGUAACCUCGACAUGGAUGCCAUUGUGGCUGAAGUGCGUGCCCAGUAUGAGGACAUCGCCAACAGAACCAAGCAAGAAGCAGAGACCUGGUACAAAGCGAAGUAUGAGGAGAUGCAGACCUCUGCCGGACAGUAUGGAGAUGACCUGCGCACAACCAAGAGUGAGAUCGCUGAGCUGAACCGCAUGAUUGCCCGUCUUCAGAAUGAGAUUGAGGCUGUAAAGGGACAGAGGGCCAACCUGGAGGCUCAGAUUGCAGAGGCUGAGGAGCGUGGCGAGAUGGCAGUGAAGGAUGCCAAACUCCGCAUCCGGGAACUGGAGGAGGCUCUGCAGAGAGCCAAGCAGGACAUGGCCCGCCAGGUGCGUGAGUACCAGGAGCUGAUGAACGUCAAGCUGGCUCUGGACAUUGAGAUCGCCACCUACAGGAAACUGCUGGAAGGAGAGGAGAGCAGACUCUCCACAGGCAGCAACGCAACCAUCCACGUGCAGAGCAGCAGCGGAAGUUCAGUAUCUUCCGGUAUGGGUAUGACUGGAGGAUACGGAUUUGGUGCCAGCGGCUUUUCUUCCAACACGUCUGGCGGGACUGGUUAUGGCAGCAAGAUGACAGUUCAGUCAAGCAGGAGGAGUGUCUUUUAAAAGGAGAGCCGUCCCUCUUUCCCUUCAGAAACUCUUGAAUUUGGUCUAAAUCUCUUUUAUGGUGCUAUGCAGUACUGUUAAACAUGUUCAGCAACAGAGCUAAAUGUCCCAACUGGCAACUUUAUUCUAUUCUUUUCAAGAACAUUUAACAGGAGUUUCUGAAGGAAAUCGUGGCCUUAAACACACAAGGGCCCGGUCACUUCGGAAGGCAAUUUUUUUUUCUUUCUGCACUGACUUCCAAUAAAUAGGAAAAAAAGAAAAAACAAAAGUUAAAUUGGAGUGUUAAAACCAAGCAAGGAAAGCAAUUGAAAAUCUGUACUGAGUUGUGCACUGUAGUUUGCUCUGAAAGAUCCUGUAGCUCACAUGGGCAGAAAGUCUCCUACAUUUUAAGAGCAAGUCAUUGACCAACUUUGGUCAUCAGAGGAAUGCAAGACAUUUGUGUGACUUUACAUGUUUACAGUUAAACUUUGAACCGAUUGGUUACUGGUUUGCUCUUUUCUUUACUGUUCUGUCCAGUCUUUCCCUGCAUAGUUUUGCCUCUCAUUGCCUUCAAACUCAUGUUGAGACCAGAUUUAUUUUGUAAAAGCCUUUCUAGCAACAUGGCUGAUGACUGUUGCAGUAAAUUACAUAAAAUAAAUCUGAAUAAAAAUGAAUCCAGGAACUAAAA